AACCUCCCACAGUUAAACAAAAUCAUUCGAAAAUGAGUGAGGUAGUGGAAGUAAACUCAAGCCCAGUAACGAUCAUCAAAAACCCAUCUGGAACAGAAUCUCCGGUUCAGGUGAUCUCAGCACCACCAUACCAAUUUACUCCAUCACCAUUGAUUUUUGACUCAGCUCAUCAGACGAACACUAAGAGCCCAUUUGCUGUCGUUACACCUUUAGCGAGUCCGAUGAAAAAGGCCAUGAAAAGCAUGCAGAACUACCUUGAAGAAAUCGGUCAUCUGACGAAGCUUGAUCCACAAGAAGAUUGGCUUCCAAUUACUGAGUCAAGAAAUGGGAAUGCUUAUUAUGCUGCAUUUCAUACCCUAAGUUCUGGAAUUGGAAUUCAAGCCCUUGUUCUUCCUCUUGCUUUUACUGCUCUUGGUUGGACAUGGGGAAUUAUAUGCCUAUCAUUGGCAUUUGUAUGGCAAUUAUACACUUUGUGGCUACUAAUACAACUCCAUGAAUCCGUCCCUGGAACUCGCUAUAGCCGUUACCUCGUGCUCUCAAUGGCUGCUUUUGGUAAUAAAUUGGGAAAGCUAUCGACGCUUCUCCCAACCAUGUAUCUCUCCGGAGGCACUUGUGUAACCCUAAUAAUGAUUGGCGGUGCCACCUUAAAAAUCUUCUUCCAAAUGGUGUGUAGCAACCUUGCCUGCAAUGCCGAUUCAAUAACCACCGUUGAGUGGUACAUCGUUUUCACUUGCUCAGCCGUGAUCUUGGCUCAACUUCCCAACUUGAACUCCAUCGCCGGAGUAUCGCUGAUCGGCGCUGCGACGGCAGUCACAUAUUGUACCUUAACGUGGGUUUUGUCUGUCACCAAAAACAGGCCAAACGGCAUAUCCUAUGAAUCCUUAGAGACCAAAUCGGAUAUUGCUAAAAUUUGCAGCAUUCUUAAUGCUCUUGGAAUCAUUGCAUUUGCUUUUAGGGGACACAAUCUUGUCUUGGAAAUACAGGGAACCAUGCCUUCUAGUCUAAAGCACCCAUCUAAUCUGCCAAUGUGGAAAGGGGUGAAAUUUUCAUAUCUAAUCAUAGCCUGCUGUUUGUUUCCACUGGCAAUAGGAGGCUAUUGGGCAUAUGGGAACUUGAUGCCUACAAAUGGCGGGAUUUUGAGUGCAUUGGACAAGUAUCAUGGACAUGACACGAGCGAGGCAAUUUUGGGGUUGACAUGCCUCUUGGUUGUGAUCAACAGCCUCACCUCUUUCCAGAUAUACGCAAUGCCAGUCUUUGACAAUCUCGAGUUCAGGUACACUAGCAACCGGAACAGACCAUGUCCAUGGUGGGUUAGGACAUUGCUGCGCGUGUUCUUUGGAUGCCUGGCACUCUUCAUAGCCAUAGCUUUCCCAUUCUUGCCAAGUUUGGCUGGAUUGAUAGGAGGAAUUGCAUUACCAGUAACUUUAGCAUAUCCCUGCUUGAUGUGGAUUACUAUCAAGAAACCCGAAAAGUAUAGUGCAAUUUGGUAUCUCAAUUGGUCACUUGGAUCUCUAGGAAUGAUAUUAAGCUUUCUACUAGUAUUCGGCGCAAUAUGGACUAUAGUGACACAAGGAAUAGAAGUCCACUUUUUCAAGCCCCAGUGAGUUGGUCAACAAUGAUAACUUGAAUCCUGGUAGAAGCCAGUUACAAGUGUUGCUAAGAAGUCCUGUCUUCUGAUGUAGGCAACUUAAAAGUAAAUGUAAGGUGCGCUAUGUAUGUGAAAUCAACACAGCUGAGGGGUGGGCCAUUUGAUAGUCUGUUCAAUAACAACAAAUAUUGUCUGUAUUUCCAUUCCUUUGUAGACAAUAAAACAGUAAUUAGGACAUAUAAUGCCAGCACAAACACCAAAUCUACAGCCCCCCGGCAAGAUAAAUCCAUCAAGAGACACAGAAAGAGAGGGUAUUGACAAUGCAGCCAUCGAAUUAAUUAAUCCAGUCCAACCAAAACAUAAAACUGUUCAAACUGGAACCGUCUACCUUAUCCAUCUUGUAAUGAACUAAUCGUAUCAAUUAUAUUGUUAAAUAAGCUAGCCUCAGGUACAAUUACAUAUACCAAAAAAAAAAAAAAAAAAA